CUUCCUCCCCAAUUUUUAACCCUAGUGGACUGUCCGUUGCUGUGUGGAUCUGGCGAGGAGAAAUCGAGAGAUGCGGUUCGUGGAUUCAUCAGUUUCGCUUCUCGCCACUUGCGGCAGCGACACCGUCAAGCUCUUCGACGUCACGGUGGAUGCCGGCGAUCCCUGCACCCUCAGCUACACGCCUUCCCCCGGAUCUCAAAUCAACUCCGUCAAGUGGAACCACACCAACCUAGUGGUUGCUAGUGCUGGUGACGAUAAAAAGAUAUCACUUUGGAAUAAAAAUGGCCAAAGUAUGGGAUCCUUUCCUUCUCAUGGCAGUGACCUUGCUGAUGACAUUGAGGAAUCGAAGACCCAGCUUCUCAUUUGGUGUCAUGCUAAAAAUAUUCAUUCUUGCUAUGUUGGGUAUAACAAUUCAGCAAAAUGUAUACUACGUUGGACUCCAUCUCAUUUCUCCAACUGUUGCCAGUGCCUUGGGCAAUGCCAUUCCUGCUUUUACUUUCUUAUUGGCAAUUGUACUGAGGUUGAUUCAGAUAUUAAUUCCAAGUAAUUUUACAGUGAAUUUAGUUCAUUCAAAUAUCAUUCUAUAUUUGGUCUUUUUUUUGCUC